AGAACGGAGCGUUGUGCACGGCGGCAGCAUGGCUUCGUCUCACGGGAGAACCGACGCGCGGUUUGCAGACUGGAUGUCAAGUUUACCACAGAGCAUGCACACUAUUCCACUCACCAACCUGGCUAUUCCCGGUUCCCAUGAUUCCUUCAGUUUCUACAUUGAUGAGGCGUCUCCAGUGGGCCCAGAGCAGCCAGAGACGGUGCAGAACUUUGUUUCUGUUUUCGGUACGGUGGCCAAGAAGCUAAUGAGGAAGUGGUUAGCUACACAGACGUUGAACUUUACCAGCCAACUGGAGGCUGGGAUCCGCUUCUUUGACUUGCGCAUCUCCACUAAGCCCCGUGACCCAGACAACGAGCUGUUCUUCGCCCACGGGCUCUUCAGUGCAACGGUCAGAGAAGGUUUAGAACAGAUCAGCUGUUUCCUGUCAGCUCAUGCCAGAGAGGUCGUGUUCCUUGAUUUCAACCACUUCUACGGCGUCCAAAACCUGCACCAUGAAAAACUGGUGGCCAUGUUAAAAGACGUGUUUGGAGACAAACUCUGCCCGGUCGUCUUCGCUCAGGAGGUGACUCUGCAGUAUCUGUGGGAGAAGGAGUACCAGGUGCUUGUCUUCUACCACCACCCCAUGGCCCUGGAAGUGCCCUUCCUGUGGCCGGGGCAGAUGAUGCCCUCUCCCUGGGCUAACACCACCGACCCAGAGAAGCUGGUUCAGUUUCUCCAGGCGUCUGUCACGGACCGCAGGAGGAAGGGAACCUUCUUUGUCUCCCAGGUGGUUCUGACACCAAAGGCCAGCACAGUGAUGAAGGGCGUUGCUAGUGGACUUAGAGAGACAAUCACAGAGAGGGCCUUACCGGGCAUGAUGCAGUGGAUCAGAUCACAGAGACCCGGGGAGAGCGGCAUCAAUAUUAUCACAGCUGACUUUGUGGAGCUCGGAGAAUUCAUCAGUGCCGUCAUCACCCUCAACUAUCACCUGGACGACGAUGAAGAUGACGCCACCUGAGAGCCCGCAGGGGGCAUCAGGGAGCAUAGUCACCACCACUACUGCUAGGGGCUUGGUCUGUGCUCUCACUCUUUUCUCUUUGGCAUUUAUUUCAGGAGGGGAGCUUCACUGCCCCUUUCACUUUAUUUAGGGCUAUAGUGAUUUGAGAUUUGAAAUGGUUAAUGGGUGUUGAGAUAAAAAUGAGUUGGGAUUGGGAGAAAGAACACUGAUGGAUGAUGUUGAGGCACGAUGAGAAUGAGGUUUUGUUUUGUUUCCUAUUUUGGGGGAUCAAAAUUCAAGUGAGAUGUUCAUUUUCUUUACUUCCUGUGCUGUAAAAAAUAACUGCUUUUUCCACGGAUCAAAUGCACUGUUUUCAGGCGUCACCAGGGGUAGAUUCCUCACAGCAUAUCAACUUUCUGCUAAAUGUAUAGGUACGUAUUUUUUUGGUAUUCAAGUGACAGUUUUUAUUUUUAAGAGGUUGUUUCAAAAUUGGUCUAAAUUACUCAAAUUGUAGGCUGGUGUAAGUAGCUUGCUGUUGUUUGUCCUUAUCUGUCCAACAGAUGUUAUUUUUAUGACAAUAUGCAUACCUGGUCAGAUCACUGCGGGUGUUUCUGAAAAACGCCUGGAGCAGAAUGUGUUUAAAAUUACAAUGUGUUCACUCAAAACAAAUGAACCAUUUUCCAUAUUUUUCCUUAGCAGUUAUCUCUCGAGGGGCUUUCUCCCUGUUAUAGUCUCAUCUGAAGUCAGCUUGCAGCCCAUAUAUUGAUCAGACACCUUUGUGCAUCCAUAAGACAUUGAUCCACUCAUAGAAAACCCAUACAGAAAUAGAGAGCCAGAGUGCAGCUUUAUCUUUGUUGCAUCUAAAUGAAACAACAAUUUUACCAAUGUCAGUCCGUGUAAAAUCAGCUUUUGCUGCAAGGGACCUCUAAAAAAAAUACUUUUUACAGCUAGAAAAGCAAUUUAGUCAUUUAAAAUGGUUAGGAAUCCAACAUGAUAAAUUUCUUGGAUUUUCUAGUGGGUGCUGAGUCGUGAUAGCCAGGUAUAAAAAUACAGUACAUCUGGGUUCGAGAGUUUCUCCUCUGUCUGUGUGUGCACCUAUACUUACUGCUGUAGAGCAGUAUAUAUGAGUCAUCAUGAGAUGUAUCACAGUGUUGUGUCUUUCAUAAUAACAGGUGAUAAAGUUGCUUAACAUUUACUCAGACAGCCAUUUUAUUUCAAGUUAGAAAAGGCUAAACCUGAUAGUUCAGAGUCAGGAGGUUAAUGUAACGGCAGUGCAUUGAUACUUGGAAAAUAACACAAUAAAUGCUUAGUUUAAUAUCUAGCUGUAACUCUUUGGUGUCUACCUUAUUAGGUGUUUCAUGUUUCUGAAUGUUACUGAAUCCCCAGAUUUCUGCUUUAUCAUUUCGUAUACUUUCAUUUUCCAUUUAUGUCUCAUUCUAUACCAUACAGUAUUUCAUUUAUGAUGGAAAAGUACUUUGAAACGAUAAUGGGAAUAUUUGUAUCGCAAGGUUUUACGCAUUAUGCAUGAAAACAAUCGCAUACGAGUCAAACAUCAACACACCUUCUGAUCCGUGUGGCAUUUUCUGCUGAGAAUGUAUUCUGUAAGGACAUUGUUGUCUAGUUUGGUAAAGUACAACCAAAACUGGAAACUCAGCUCUUUGGAUUUGUGAAUGUAUGUGUCUUGUGAGUAACUGUGCCAUUUCUAAAAGAGAAAAAAACAACUCAUGUGAUGGAGUGACUGAGUAUCAGCUAAAAAGUCAUUUUUUUGUAUUGUAUGCUUCAAUGUGGAGCUGAGUUCAAGUUUUAGAGUUCAAACCGUACUUCUUUCACUUCAGUGUGGUUUCAUGUUAAAAUGUUUUAUAUUGUGAGAAGUUUGUACAUACUGUAAUUGCAAAUAGUAUACUGCCAAUGAAUUGUAAAUUAUUUAAACUGUUGCAAAGUCAUUAAUGAUGAUUUCUUAACUGAACUAAACUAUCAUACUAAUUUGACAUAUUUUCAGUUUUGUGCAUGAACCAAACAUACCACAUACCAUUUGUUGUUUACCAACAGGGUCCAUUAGGUCUCUGCAUCUCCUCAGUUAUUUUCUGCAUAUUGUUCUCAAGAGCAUGGGUGCAUCUCAGCCGGAAAUGUUUUUACCCUUUAAUGCCACAUCUCAAAAAUUAAUUCAUUUCAUAAUGUUGCACUGCUACUAGCCCAUACAGAUUAAGAAUUAAGCCACACAAAUGAGCAGACUUGAAAAGGCUUGCAAAUUGUGUAGAAAGGACAUUUGUGUCUUCCCUGGUCCAAAAUGUUGUCACUGCCUUUAUGUUCUGGUGUGAGAAGAGUCCUUUGCUGUUGUAAAACUCAAAAACUUCUGUUCAUAAAGUGACUCUGUUCUAAGUGGAAACGGCAAAACAAAUCAAAUAAAGCUUCUAUGCCUAAUGAGUAA